AUGCAACCAUUAGCUAAAUAACCUCAGAAGGAGGAUGAGCACUGUUAAGUGGAAGAUCACAUCCUCAGGAAAUUUGAACUGCUUGAAUUUAAAGGAAAAGGAGCCUACGGAGUAGUUUGGAAGGCAGUUGACCGUAAAACAAAAUAGAUUGUUGCAUUAAAGAAAAUUUUCGAUGCAUUUCAUAAUGCGACUGACUCACAAAGGACAUUUCGCGAGGUAAUAUUCCUAGAGUAGUUGGUAAACCACGAAAACAUCAUCAAAUUAACAAGUGUCAUAAAAGCAGAAAAUAACAAAGAUCUGUAUAUGGUGUUUGACUUUAUGGAAACAGAUCUUCACAAAGUGAUAAGAGCAAACAUCUUGGAACCCAUACAUAAAAAAUAUAUAAUAUACCAAAUACUCAAAGGUCUCAAAUAUCUUCACACUGGUGAACUGAUCCACAGAGAUUUAAAGCCUUCCAACUUGCUAAUUAAUUCAGAAUGCAAGGUCAAAGUAGCUGACUUUGGUUUGGCAAGGAGUGUGGCUAAGCCAGACGACAAUAGUAAAUGCAAUCCAAUUCUUACUGAAUACGUAGCUACAAGAUGGUACAGAGCUCCAGAAAUAUUGUUGGGUUCUUAGCAUUAUUCCAAAGCAGUUGAUAUGUGGAGUCUGGGUUGUAUUUUGGGGGAAAUGAUAAUAGGGAAGGCAAUAUUCCCUGGAACUUCUACUCUUAAUUAAAUUGAGAGAAUUAUUGAGUUGAUUGGAAGACCUAGGCAGGAUGAAUUGGAUGCUAUUCAAGCUCCACUGGCUGAAUAGGUGAUUUCGAGUAUCUCUACCCAAAAGAGGAAAAGCAUAACUCAAUUAUUUGCAUCAGGUCAAGAAGAGGCCAUUGAUUUCAUCAGGUAAACCCUCAUUUACAAUCCGUAUAAAAGAAUGACUGUGGAAUAAGCUUUGAAUCAUCCUUAUGUCAAGGAAUUCAAAGGAACCGAAGAUGAAAUUUCAAGAGAAAGUCCUAUUGAAACUUAUAUGGAUGACAAUCAUAAAUUUUAAGUCAAUUAAUAUAGAGAUGCCCUUUACUCUCAUAUCAUGCAAAAGAGAAAGUUGGAACAUAAAAUUUUGAUUCGUGAUCUGAAAAAUGUUCCAAUUAACGUAAUUUCUGAUAGCUCUAAAUCUCCCAGCAAGAAAGACCCUUUUCCCAAAAGAAGCAAAGAUUCAGAACCCUCUAAUGCCGAUAUUAGUGAUAACAAACUCUAUGAGUCUCAACAUGGUAAUCGAACCAUUCAUAAGGGUCCAUCUUAUACAUAAUAACGCAAAAAUACUACAUCAUAAGAGCAUAACUACAACAAUAAUAAUAAUAAUAAUAACAAUAAUAAUAACAAUAACAAUAAUGAACAUACCAAUCAAUUCAUAUAUCAAAGUCCAAGUAUGAUCAUGUAGAAAAAAUAAUCGUAAUCCAUUUUUCCUAAUGUUGAUAGUGGCAGUCCUAUAAAAAUAAUCCCAAGAAAAUAAUCAAUGUAAAACAUUUAAAAUAGUGUCUCGACAGUUUUAUAAAAUACAUUAUCAUAAAACCUAUAAAGUCAAAAUGCUUUGCAGGUCUCUCAACAUUAACUCCCAAGAAAAGGCUCCUAAGGUAGCAUUUAGAAAUCGUCCUCUUACAAAAUGUCGGCAACUAAUUAUAACUCAACUAAUUAUAGCUCAGCUUUUUAACAAUUAAGUAAAAUCAGAAAGUGA